GUACCGUAUACUAGGAUAUAGCCUCAGCAUUUUACGUCGCGCGUAUUCAGAGUUACGACAAAACAGCAGACCAACAGAAAGCUGCUUGAUUUUUAGAGUCAUAAACAAAUUCGUAGCUGAAGAUAAUAUAUCUGUUUCAAGAUAAUCAGACAUCGACCCGUAUUGCCAACGAUUUUAGUAAAUGUGAAUCUUGAGUUCUAUGAAACAGUAAACCGUGGCGUUUGGUAUCUUGAGUUCUGUAAUGAUAGCCAAUUGACACAUGUACAGUAAACCUCACUUAUAAGGAACUCGGAUAUAAGGAACACUCGGUUAUAAGGAACAGUUUUCAAUUCCCCGAUCUUAUUCCUUCCUUAUUUAAUGUAAAAAUCCUCGGUUAUAGGGAACUCGGUUAUAAGGAACACUCGGUUAUAAGGAACACUUUUUCUUGUCCCAAAGUACGAACUUAAAUGGAAAACACCUCGGUUAUAGCGAACAGACAAAAAUAAUUAUUAAAAAUCGGAAAAUGUUAAUUCACGGACAGGAUAAACAGAAAAAAAUAUAAUCUCAUCUUUAAAAUUUACCAAAUACUAGACGAUCGUGAUUUAUACUUCAGUCUAUAUUCCUAAAUAACAAACUGUUUAGUUUAUAUCCCUGCAUUUGUACAGACUCACAAAAAGUAUAAUGAUAAACAUACCCAAAUCUUAUUACACGCUUAAUUCUGCAUAUUUGGACGCAUACGUUUUGAAAAAGCACACUAGAAAAUCUCAGCCGCGAUUUCCCGGGACGUAUAUAUUUGGCGCGUGCUUGAUCAAUACACAAGGAAAACAGUUGCUCCUGUCGGUCAAAAAAAAACGAUGACUCUUUUGCUCCUGGCCAAUCAGAGAUUCACAUUUCCAAUAGAUGAAUGGUCGAUUAAGGUACACGUAGUAUUGUGUGUUUACGUAAUCUAAUCAACACGCGAAAAACCACUCUGAUUAUGUAACGAAUAAUUUGUUUUUUAACACGUGGCUUACUUAGCAGUUUUGAGUUCACCGUUAACGCGAUAAUUGGAUUAAAUGAUGAUUGAAAUUAGAAUGUUUGCAGGACAGUCACAGGAUUGAUUGUGUUGUUUUUUCAUAGCCGUUCCUGAACCAGAUAAACAAUAAUUGGCUCACAGUGUUUUCAAAAUGGAUACGAAACAAAAUAUAUUCUUUUGGCUGGUUUGUUUGGUCAUUUUAAGUGUAGAAUUUCCUUGUGCAAGAUAAGUAUAAAAAUGGACAGACUCGCAAAAUUCGCACAUAAAGAUUCAUGGUCGGUCCGAAGUGAGAACACAUAGCCAUUUUCAAACGCUAUUAAAUUGUGUUCGCUAUACAAAUUGUGUUCGUUAUACUAACCUCGGUUACAAGGAACUAGUUUGCUGUACGGAUAUAAGGAACUCCGGUUAUAAGGAACAAUUUUUAAAAGUCCCGAGCUGUUCCUUAUAAGCGAGGUUUACUGUAUAUGGUAGAAGAGUGGAUCCGAGUUUGUGAAUUAGCUAGUUGACAUAUUUGAUGGAAGUGUGGAUCUGAGUUCUGUGAUACAGCUAAUCGACACAUUUGGUGAAAGUGUGGAUCUGAGUUCUUUGAAUAAGCUGGUUGACACAUUUGGUGGAAAUGUGGAUCUGAGUUCUGUCAAUUAGGGAAUUUACACAUUUGAUGGAAGUGGGGAUCUUAGUUCUGUGGUACAGCUUAUCGACACAUUUGGUAGAAGUGGGGAUCCGAUCUGAGUUCUGUGAUACAGCUACAUGUAAUCGACACAUUUGAUGGAAGUGGGGAUCUGAGUUCUGUGAUACAGCUAAUGGACACAUUUGGUGGAAGUGGGGAUCUGAGUUCUGUGAUACAGCUAAUCAACACAGGUGGAAGUGUGGAUCUGUGUUCUGUGAUACAGCUAAUCGACACAUAGGUGGAACUGUGGCUCUGAGUUCUGUGAUACAGCUAAUCAACACAUUUAAUGGAAGUGUGGAUCUGAGUUCUGUGAUACAGCUAAUCGACACAUAGGUGGAACUGUGGAUCUGAGUUCUGUGAUACAGCUAAUCGACACAUUUGGUGCAAGUGGGGAUCUUAGUUCUGUGAUACAGCUAAUCAACACAUUUGGUGGUAGUGUGGAUCUGAGUUCUGUGAUACAUUUAAUCAACAUAUUUGGCGGAAGUGGGGAUCUUAGUUCUGUGAUACAGCUAAUCAACACAUUUGGUGGAAGUGUUGAUCUGAGUUCUGUGUUACAGCUAGUCGACACAUUUGGUGGAAAUGUGGAUCUGAGUUAUUUGAAUUAGCUGGUUGACACGUUUGGUGGAAAUGUGGAUCUGAGUUCUGUUAGUUAGCUAAUUGACACAUUUGGUGGAAGUGGGGAUCUUAGUUCUGUAGUACAGCUUAUCGAUACACUUGGUGGAAGUGUGGAUCUGAGUUCUGUGUUACAGCAAUCAACACAUUUAGUGGAAGAAAAGAUCUUAGUUGUGUGGAACAGCUAAUCUAAACAUUUGGUGGAAGUGUGGAUCUGAGUUCUGUGUUACAGCAGUCGACACAUUUGGUGGAAGAAGGUAUCUUAGUUGUGUGGAACAGCUAAUCAACACAUUUUGUGGAAGUGUGGAUCUGAGUUCUGUGAUACAGCAGUCGACACAUUUGGUGGAAGAAGGUAUCUUAGUUGUGUGGAACAGCUAAUCAACACAUUUUGUGGAAGUGUGGAUCUGAGUUCUGUGGUAGAGGUAAUCAACACGAUCAUUAAUUUUGGUGGAAGUGUGGAUCUGAGUUCUGUUAUACAGCUUAUUGACACAUUUAGCGGUCAGUUAAAAUAAUUAUUGAUGGGCGUCUGAGUUCUGUGAAACAGCUUAUUGACACAUACUGUUCAAAGUCAGUUUCAUUUAUAAUUUAGCUGGGGUCUUUGAAACAGUUGAUUGGCACUUCUGCCAUUAAAAGGAUGCAUUUGGAAGUCAGUGUAAGAUUAUAAAGGACUUGAAAUUCUGUGAAACAGCUGAUCAACGCAUUUAGAGGUCAGUAUUGGUUUGUGAGGAACUUGGGCUCAGCAGAACAGAUCCAAAACACAGUCAGUGCCAGUUUCAGUCUGUGUUGAACUGAGUUUCGUUUCAGACUAAACUUGCUGUUCUUUGAAAUCCCAGUCUUGAAAAGAAAAGGAAAGCUGUGGUGAAGUAUAUUUUCUAGAGUGUUAUAUUAACUCAACAAUAAUUUUUAAUCUAGAAAAAGUUGUUAUAUUAACUCAUGAAUAAUUCAUAAUCUAGAUAUGGUUGUUAUAUUAACUCAUCAAUAAAUUUAUAACCUAGAAAAAGCUGUUAUAUUAACUCAACAGUAAUUCUUAACCUAGAAAAAGUUGUAAAUAUUGUUAUAUUAACUCAUGAAUAGUUCAUAAUCUAGAAAAGAUUGUUAUAUUAGUUCAUCAAUAAUUUAUAUUCUAGAAAAAGUUGUUCUAUUAACUCGACAGUAAUUCUUAACCUAGAAAAAGUUGUUAUAUUAACUCAUAAUUUAGAAUAAUUCAGAACUAGAAAAUGUUGUUAAAUUAAUUAAUCAAUAAUUAUAGGUUAUUAGCUUUGUAUCGGGAAAUAUGCACAAGUUCUUCAGCAGAAAUAUUGCGCAACUUUUGGAGCGCAAUAUUCUUCCGCUGAAGAACGAGUGCAUAUUUCCCGAUGCAAAGAUAAUAACCUUUUUAUUACAUACGCCUCGACACAUAUAAAUAUGUAAAUAUCAUAAAUAUGUUCAAUAGCCUGAAAAGGAUUGACAAUACUGAACUAAAUAGAAAAUAAUAGUUCAACACACACUGAAUUACGUCACGCAUCCGAUAUGAAAUUCAGGUGUCAGUAUAUGGAAAAAUAUUGACGUUUCCGGUACCAGUGUAACUUAACGGGGAAUAGAAACGAGUAUGUAAUAAUUUGUUAUAUUAACCUAGAAAAGUUAUAUGAAUAACUCAUAAUCUAAAAAAGUUGUUAUAAUUAACUAAACACUUAAACAAUAAUUCUAAACCUAGAAAAAGUUGUUAUAUUUAGGGUUGGAUAUCGUUAAGGACGAAGCAGUCCGAUACCGAUACCAACGAAACGAUACGGUAUUUUUAACGAUACCGAUACUGAUACCAAGCUUUGAAGUACAUCACAUAAGCAAUGGCUAGUAUUAAAUACACCCUUUUAAGUAGUUAUACAGGAAAGUUUGCUUUGAUAUAUAAACAUUUUAAGUCUGUUAAUUUGAUGUACUAGAACUAUGAAAGAGUAAAAAAAUAAACAUAUCUUACAAACUAGUUUUCCAAAAUAAAAAAAACAGAAUAGAUACGUCGCUCACUGUGCAAUUUAAAUCCAAGACUCAAUGACUGUGGUAAUGCUUGCUCAGCACUGACGAGCACUGUUAAAUUCAACACUUACUAGCUUUCAAAUUAACCCAUUUAACAAGUCAGACUCGUUGUCACUCAUGAUAAAUCUUCAACCAGGUUACCUAGUAAUGUAUUUAAAGUGCAACAUUUUUUCAACACAAUUUUCAUUGAAAAAUAACCCUCAAAACGCUUGAAACAACCAACAAUAACGUAUUUCUAUUAGUUCGCGAAAACUGAUGACUUGUUUACGUAGAACUUACAGCUUAGUUUCGUAACUUUUUAUUCAAAUCAUUUUUAGCUCAUCUGAUUUUUUGAAAAAAAAUGAUGAGUUAUUGUCAUCAUCUGAGCGGUUGUCGGCGUCGGCGUCUGCGUCGGCGUUGCCUGGUUAAGUUUUAUGUUUAGGUCAGCUUUUCUCCUAAACUAUCAAAGCUAUUGCUUUGAAACUUGGAAUACUUGUUCAUCAUAAGCUGACCCUGUAUAGCAAGAAACAUAACUCCAUCUUGCUUUUUGCAAGAUUUAUGGCCCCUUUUGUACUUAGAAAAUAUCAGAUUUCUUGGUUAAGUUUUAUGUUUAGGUCAACUUUUCUCCUAAACUAUCGAAGCUAUUGCAUUGAAACUUGGAAUACUUGUUUACCAUCAUAAGCAGACCCUGUACAUCAAGAAACAUAACUCCAUCUUGCUUUUUACAAGAAUUAUUGCCCCUUUUGGACUUAGAAAAUCAGUUUUCUUGGUUAAGUUUUAUGUUUAGGUCAGCUUUAAUCCUAAACUAUCAAAGCUAUUGCUUUGAAACUUGCAACACUUGUUCACCAUCAUAAGCUGACCCUGUACAGCAAGAAACAUAACUCCAUCCUGCUUUUUGCAAGAUUUAUGGCCCCUUUUGGACUUAGAAAAUAUCAGAUUUCUUGGUUAAGUUUUAUGUUUAGGUGAACUUUUUCUCUUAAACUAUCGAAGCUAUUGCUUUGAAACUUGCAACUCUUGUUCACCAUCAUAAGCUGACCCUGUACAGCAAGCAACAUAACUCCAUCCUGCAUUUUGCAAUAAUUAUUGCCCCUUUUGGACUUAGAAAAUCACUUUCUUGGUUGAGUAUUAUGUUUAAGUAUACUUUUCUCAUAAACUAUCAAAGCUAUUGCUUUAAAACUUGCAACAGUUUUUCACCAUCAUAAGUGGACACUGUACAUCAAGAAACAUAACUGUAUCCUGCUUUUUGCAAGAAUGAUGGCCCUUUUUAUACUUAGAAAAUCAUGGGUAGGACAAUAGUUCUAUUAUACAAAAAAAAUCAGAUGAGCGUCAGCACCCGCACGGCGGUGCUCUUGUUUUUCAUUUGUUUUGAUAGAAAAUGACAAAGAGCAAAAAAAAUGUCGUAUAUAUUGCAAUUAAGCAUGAUUUGCAUAGUUUAAAACGACGGGAAAAGAAGUUUUUAUAAUAAUAUUUAGCAUACGAAAUUAUUCCCAAGGCCAGCUCUCCAUGUUACUCGGAGCGGUGUCACAGUAAACAAUGUCGAUCGCAUUAUUACUGUGUUUCAAAUACUAUUUGCUUAUUUUCUGCUUUCUUUUGCCGGGGAUGUGGUAAUUAUUUUGUUUAUUUACUUUUAUGGAAAUACCGAGAUCGGACCCGGUUCUUUCUGAAACGGUACAUACCGGUACUUUUCGAAGUGAUUAUUCGGUACAGUACCGAUACCGGGAACCGGUAUCCAACCCUAGUUAUAUUAACUCAUGAAUAAUUCAUAAUCUAGAAAAGAUUGUUAUAUUAACAUGAUUAAUUCAUUAAUAAUUUAUAUUCAAGAAAAAGUUGUUAUAUUACUCGACAGUAAUUCUUAACCUAGAAGAAGUUGUUACAUUAACUCAUGAAUAAUUCAUAAUCUAGAAAAAGUUUUGAAGAAAUUCCAUACUCAGAGCAAAUAUUUACCUAGUGUAAUUUUCAUCAACAUCAUCAGUUGUAGAAAAAGUUGUUAUAUUAACUCAUGAAUAAUUCAUCAACUAGAAAAAGUUGUUACAUUAACUCAUGAAUAAUUCAUAAUCUAGAAAAUGUUGUUAUAUUAACUUGUAAAUAAUAAUUAUUCAUAAUCUAGAAAAGGACUGGUGUUGUGCAUAUAUAUUAUUGCUCAGCAUUAUUCAGCGUAUAUUUUGUAUCUGAAGGUAUUGUUCUUACAGAAUUGACAGUGAUGACAGGGAGAGCUAGAGGUAGAUGCAGGGGUCGUGCUAGACCACAGGAGGAAGAGGAAGCCCCAAGACCGGGAGGUGGGGCAGAGCAGAAUCUCAGAGUUCAGAAUACUGAGGAUGGAAUAAUAUACAGUAGGAAUGUCAGUGAUAGACGAAUGGAGAAUGUAGAGCCGGUAGAUGUUUAUGUUUGUGCUGCACAUAGGGCAGAUGCUAGGGAGGGAGGAUUAAUUAGACCAGGAUUAUCAGGAGCAACUGGAUAUACACCCCCUGUAAAUGAGAUGGCGAUGCUGAAUCUUGGUGCAUGUGGAGGCAGUGAGGACACAAUGGCUAGAGGAUACAGGGCACACCAACAUGGUAACUGUGGUUACAGUAGAUAUGGGAGUGAUGAUGGCAGAGGAAAUAGAGACAGUGGUCAAAGUACUGGUGGCAGAGGAGGUGGUCCUACCUAUAGGGGGAACAUUGAUCGGGAUGAUGGAAGAGCUGGUGGGAAUGCUGUGGGCCGUGCUGGAGGAGUGCAAAACGAUGGACAGGUUGCUCAAAGUGGAGCAAAUGAUGGUACUCCAUUACCAGUCAUUGCAAAUUACUUCAAGCUUGAGCAAACACCAGACUGGAUUUUGUACCAGUAUAAUGUUGACUUUAAACCAGACGUGUACUGUAAAAGGAUAAAAGGGGCAUUAUUGGCAAACCAUGAGCAGCUUCUGGGAGCUACAAGAGCUUUUGAUGGAGAGCAUAUGCUUUACCUGCGAAGAAGACUUCCCAAUGAAGUAACAGAGGUUUAUUCGACACGUAACACUGAUGGAGUGCAGAUACAGAUAACAUUUAAGCUUAUUAAGGAGCUACCGCCAACAUCCAGACAGUGUAUUCACAUUCUGAACUUAAUCUUUAAAAGGUUUCUAAAAAUGGUAGACCUUGUCCAGAUUGGAAGGAAUUAUUACAGUGAGAGGAAUGGAAACGAGUUACCAGAACAUGGAGUGAAGGUUCUGCCAGGCUACCUGACAUCAGUUUUACAGUUUGAGGCUGGACAAAUUUUUCUGAAUAUAGAUAUAUCACACAAGGUUGUUCAGACGGAGACAGCUCUAGGAUUCAUGUAUAACCUGCAGGAAAAAGUCAGCCGAGAGAAUCUGAACAAUCCUCAUAGGCAGCAAGAUUUUUAUGAACUUUGUGAAAGAAAAGUUGUCGGGAGCAUCAUAAUAACAAAUUACAACAACAAGACAUAUAGAGUAGAUGCAAUAGACUGGGACAAGCGACCUACAAGCACAUUCACACUUAGAGAUGGUACAGCAAUUUCCUACAAAGACUACUACAACAAGCACUACGGCAUUGAAGUGGAAGAUGACAUGCAGCCAUUGUUUGUUUCACGGCCAAGGAGACGAGAUCGCAACAGGGAGCGCGGCGAACAACAGAGAAGGGAACCAGGCCUGCAGGCUGCAGGAGCAGAUACAUUGUAUUUCUUGCCAGAACUAUGUAGACUUAUAGGAUUCAGUGAAAGUUAUCAAGAAGAUGAAAGAGCAAAGAGAGCAGUAGCUAAUUAUACACGGUUUGAUCCCACGAAAAGGCAACGAACGCUUAGUGAAUUUAUAAGUCAGAUGAACAGAAAUGGGAAUGUACAGUCAGAGCUGGGUGGAUGGGGACUUGGGUUCUCGGAGAACCCUGUUGAUAUCACAGCCAGGGUUCUACCCCGCCAAGAAAUCUUCUUGCCUGAAAAAACGUUUAAAUACCAGGGUGAGAAUGCUUACUGGUACCACGAUGUGAUAAGGAGUGUUCAUCUCAAUGCUGUGAAGCUUCAGAACUGGCUUGUUAUACACGACAGAAGAUCUAAUGAAAGUGGUGUUAUAACUCAAUUUAUACAAUGUCUUAUGCAAGUUGGACCUUCCAUGGGAAUAAAGGUUCAAAUGCCGACGAUUGUGGUGUUGGAACGCAGUCAGAAUGAGGCAUACAUACAUGCUCUCAAGGACAACCUUCUACCUAGCACACAGCUGGUCAUGUGUGUAGUACCAAACUUUGCAAAGGACCGCUAUGAUGCCAUCAAGAAAUACACAUGCAUUGAGCAUCCUGUGCCAAGCCAGGUGGUUGUACUGAACACCAUCAGGAAAGUGGAAAGAAUGAGGAAUGUAGCCAGUAAUGUUGCUAUACAAAUCAACUGUAAACUCGGUGGUGAGGCAUGGACUGUCGCUCAUCCGUUGAAGAACUUGAUGGUUGUUGGAAUGGAUGUGUACCAUGAUACUGUGACACGAGGACAGUCUGUCGUCGGGUUUGUAGCAACCAUGAAUAAAACUUUCACAAGGUUCUUCAGUGAUACCCUGUUCCAGAUGACAGGCCAGGAGUUGGUGGAUGGUCUGCAGAAAUCUUUCGUAGCUGCCUUGAAACAUUAUCAUGGGGUGAAUGGCUGUCUCCCAAAGACAAUAGUGGUAUAUCGAGAUGGUGUUGGAGACGGACAAUUAGAUGCUGUUAUACAGCAUGAGGUGGAACAGAUACAAGCAGCUUUCAGAAGAAUUGAGGAAAAUUACAAGCCAGCUCUAUGUGUGGUGGUUGUACAGAAGAGAAUCAGUACCAGAUUCUUUACCAAGACAGGCAGAAGUUAUGCUAACCCACCACCAGGAACGGUUGUUGAUACUACAGUCACCAGACCCGACUGGGUAGAUUUUUACCUGGUUUCCCAGUCAGUGCGACAAGGAACAGUUUCUCCAACUCACUACCUAGUUGUACACGACACGCUGAGGUUGGCACCCACUAACCUGCAGAAGCUGACAUACAAACUCUGUCAUGUUUACUUUAACUGGCCUGGAACUAUUCGUGUACCAGCACCAUGCCAGUAUGCCCACAAACUGGCAUUCUUGACAGGCGAGAGUCUGCACAGACCGCCAGCUAAAGAUCUGGCAGACAGGCUCUUCUUCCUGUAAUCAGAGGUUGUGCUUUACACCCAUCGACACAAAAGUGGGAACAAGAGAUGAUGACUAAUUACAUGACUGUAUAUAGUUACAUUGAGUUCAAAUACUGUACAUAGAUUGUUGACUAGUUUGAAGAAUUUUUAUUCCCUUACCACCCUCCUAUCCAAAGAUGAGGGGUUGUGUUUUACACCCAUUGACACAAAAAUGGGAACAAGAGAUUAGGACUUGCUAUAUAGUUACUAUGAGUUCAAAGCCUGUACAUAGAUUAUUUACUAUUGACUAGUUAGAACAAUUUUUAUCACCUCACCUGAGCCAAAGGCUCAAGGUAAGCUUUAGUGACUGCUUCAUGUCCAUUGUGUAUCAACUAUUUCUAAAAAAAAUUUCUUUUUCAAAACCACUGGGCAGAUUUAUACCAAAUUUAACAGGAAUGAUCCUUGGGUGGUCCCCUUUCAAAUUUGCCCAUAUAAUUGAAAUCCAUGCUGAACUAUUGUUACCAUGGCAACUGAAUGGAAAAAACUUUAAAAAUCUUGUCCAAAACCACAGGUCCUAGGGAUUUUGUAUUUGGUAUCUAGCAUCAUCUAGUGGUCCUCUACCAUGAUUGUUCAAAUUAACCUCCCAGGGUCAAAUAUGGCCCCGCCAUGGGGGUCACAUGGUCUGCAUAGACUUGUAUAAGGAAAACUUUGAAAAUUUUCUUGUGUUAAACCAAUUGGAUAUUUGGUAUGUAGCAUCGUCUAGAGGUCCUCUACCAAGAGUGUUCAAAUUAUCCCCCUGUGGUCAAAUAUGGCCCUGCCCUUAGGGUCACAUUGUUUACAUAGACUUAUAAAGGGGAAAACUUUGAAAGUCUUCUUGUCUUAAACCACAGGGCGUAGGGCUUAAUUUUUACGUAGCAUCAUCUAGUGGUCCUCUGCAAAGAUUUUUCAAAUUAUCCCCCUAGGGUCAAAUAUAGCCCUGCACAGGGGGGCCACAUGGUUUAUAUAGACUUGUGUAGGAAAAACUUAAAAAAUCUUCUUGUCUGAAACCACAAGACAUUGGCCUUUGAUAUUUGGUAUGUAGCAUUGCCUUGUGGUCCUCUACCAAGAUUGGCUAGAUUUAGGAUAUCAGAUUUGUAAUGUCUACCGUAAUUGUUCAAAUUAUUGCCCUAGGUUCAAAAGUGUGUGACAUGUAUAUAAUAUAGGCUUACAUAGAAGAAACCUAACUCUGUACUUAUACUAAUACACUUGACGCAUUGUACACAGGUGAGGGCUUUAGGGUCAAUGACCCUCUUGUUCAUUGUUGAUUUUCAUAUAGUUACUCUUUUUAACACAAACCUUAGCUAGAAAGCUGGCAGGGUUGUUUUUCAUUGUUGAUUUUUAUGAAGUAAUAUGUUUUCAAUACAAACCUUAGCUAGAAAGCUGUCAGGGUUGAUUUUCAUUGUUGAAUUGAAUGGAUUAUACGUUUUCAACAUAAACCUUAGCUGGAAAGCUGGAAGGGUUGUUUUUCAUUGUUGAUUUUUAUGAAGUAAUAUAUUUUCAGUACAUACCUUAGCUAGAAAGCUGGCAGGGUUGUUUUGUAUUGUUGAUUUUUAUGUAGUAAUACAGGGAUUUCUUUUUUUUGGCUGAUUUUAUAGCUGAUAUUCGGUCACAUUCCCAGUUGAAAAAAGUAUCUUUUUUCCCCCCAAUUUUCAUACAAAAAUUCUCAAUCGAAACUUCCAAAAACAAUAAAAUGAAUAUUGAUCUUAUUUCUUGAAUAUCGGCGAAAAGAAGGCGAAGGCCUUAGUCUGAACAAAUAUAUAUGCGCAAUGUUAUGUAGACAAUUGAUUGCAACUCCACGCAAGAAUUACUUCCCUUCCACUUCAGUAUAUAUAGGUAAGGGAGAUCACGGCUUAUGAUAAUGCAAAGUAUCUGGCGAUCUUGAUAUUGUCGAAAAGUGAUAAGGAUUUUUAAUUCGUUACGAUGUCUCACAAUUCCAAAUAUUAUGUAAAGAAAUUAAAGAAAACGGACAAUUUUUUUUUUUUAAAUUGACACCCUGUUUUAACAGGCUGCUCGUUCUGAACAAAGUACAAGUAAAGUUACUGUUAGUAAGCAGCAGUCCGAGUCAUCGGACUUGGCUCAGACACCAGCAAGACUGAGUGCCCUACCGGUCUGAUCCCAUAUCCUGUGAAAAACAACUGAAUAAAAAUGUCAGUGACGGUAGUGAUGAGUCAGAGUCUGAAACUAAAAAACUGUGCCUGUCCCUGACCAGCGUCUGUUUAGCUCUAGCAUGAGAAGAGUUCAGAAAUAUGAAAACCAGGGACCUUGCACUGGAGUUGACUGGCCACUAACUUGGCCAGGCGUAAUGUCAGUGUUAGACACGAUGUCACACAUAUAAGAAUAUAUACUGCAGAGAAAUACCAAAACAGAUAGUUCCUUUUCAUUUUGAGGUCAGAAGUCGGAAUCAUCUUUGCCUUGAGCUAAAAACCUGUUGUUGCAAUUAAGUAUUUUUUCCUCAUUUUCAUUCAUAAUUCAUUGAUAAUUCAUUGAACACUAAUUAUUCAUGUUUUUUUUAUCAUUCUUUAAUUGUGCAGUUUCCAAAUUGAUAUGAAAACAAAAGCUUAUCAAAAGCUUUAUUUUAAAAGUAGUUGAGUAUGAUGUCCUUCAGGUCUAGCAAUGUUGCCAAGGUCUGCUUUUAAAAAGGGCAGAGAAUUCUAGUUCUAAUUAAAAUCAUUUAUGUUUGUUGUUACUUAAUAUAAUAAGUUUACACAAAUCUUAUAUGUAAAAUUUUAUUCAUAAAUGAGCCGUGCCAUGAGAAAACCAACAUAGUGGCUUUGCGACCAGCAUGGAUCCAGACCAGCCUGCGCAUCCGCGCAGUCUGGUCAGGAUCCAUGCUGUUCGCUAACAGUUUCUCCAAUUCCAAUAGGCUUUAAUAGCGAACAGCAUGGAUCCUGACCAGACUGCGCGGAUGCGCAGGCUGGUCUGGAUCCAUGCUGGUCGCAAACCCACUAUGUUGGUUUUCUCAUGGCACGGCUCAAAUAUCUAUCUAUAUAUCAGAAGUCACAAAAAUAAAAGGUGGUAAGCGAAAAAGAGUCGUUUUGAGAAAACUGAAAAAAAACUGUGUAUUUUGUGCUACAGAUUUCUCACCAUAUUGCUCCUAAGAAGUUGUAUAUCCACCUUUUUAUUAUUGUCCACAAUGAAAGGUUUAUCUGUUACUUAAAACCUAUUUUAGAAACUAGAGUUGCAUAGUUGUGAUUUCAUAUUUAGGUUACAAACCUGUCGGUGCAGUUCCAAAAAUGUAAAGGCCAUAACAUGUUGAAAGUAACUGUUUCCACCUUAUAUUUCUGGGGCAUCAGUAUUGUUGUGCAUCAGAAUCAUACGUAUGAUUUGUUUACAUUAUUACACAUUACUGCUAACUGUGCUUGUUUGAAAUACUAUUUCAUGAUUUAAAUAACUUUUUGUAUUUUAUAAAUAGAAACCCUCAUUUUCAGCUCCCUAUUUGGAGAAUGGUGGGAGGGGAGAGGGGGGUAAUUCUGCUCAUCCCUACGUCUGCGUGAGCUUUCUUGGUUAAAAGUUAUCAAGCAACCUUUGUUUAUAAUGUACUGUAACUUAACAUUAACUUCUUCAGCAUGCAAACAAAGUUUGUGCAGGGACUGGGCCCAUUAUACCAAAGGUCAAGGUCACCAAGGUGUUGUACUUCGGUUAUUUUCAAGGUUAAAGUUUUUCGGCAACCUUUGUUUUUCUGUUGUUUCUUUGUUACUAUUGCUUAUAUCUUAAUGUAACUUCACAUAAGCAUUGUCCAACAUACAAACAAAGUUUUGCAGAGGCUGGACCCAUUAUAUCUAUGGUCAAGGUCACCAAUUUGAUAUACUUUCAUGUUAAAUUUUUUCAAAAGCUUCAUUUAUAGGCAUAUAUUUGGUACUUUAAAAGAUAAUGACUUGAAAUUCAAAAUGUUUUAUUUUUAUAAUAAUCAUCUGCAUGUGUGGUCAUUAUCCCCAUAACUAAUUGUAUUUUUGACAAAAUUAUGCCCCUUUGAUUCUUAAGUUUUUUUUAGCUCACCUGUGCACGAAGUGCUCAAGGUGAGCUUUUGUGAUCGCCCUGAGUCCGUCGUCGUCCAUGGUCAACAAUUUGACUGUUGACACUCAAAGGAAAAGCUUGUGAACACUAGAGGUCACAAUUUUGGCCCAAUCUUGAUGUAACUUGGAUGGAAUGUUACCCACAAUAAAGUCUUGGAAGAGUUCGAUAUUGGAACGUUGGGGUCAAAAACUAGGUCACCAGGUCAGAUCAAAGGAAAAGCUUGUUAACACUGUAGAGGCCACAUUUAUGACUGUAUCUUCAUGAAACUUGGUCAGAAUGUUAAUCUUGAUGAUUUCAAGGUCCAGUUUGAAUCUGGCUUUUGUAGGAUCAAAAACUAGGUCACCAGGUCAAAUCAAAGGAAAAGCUAGUUUACACUGUAGAGGCCACAUUUAUGACCAUAUCUUAAUGAAACUUGGUCAGAAUGUUAAUCUUGAUGAUCUAUAGGUCAAGUUCAAAUCUGGGUCAGGUAGGGUCAAAAACUAGGUCACUAGGUCAAAUCAAAGGAAAAGCGUGUUAACACUCUAGAGGCCACAUUAAGAUUUUAUCUUCAUGAAACUUAGUCAGAAUGUUAAUCUUGAUGAUCUUUAGGUCGAGUUCAAAUAUAGGUCAUGUGGGGUCAAAAACUAGGUCACCGGGUCAGAUCAAAGGAAAAGCUGGUUAACACUUUAGAGGCCACAUUUAUGAACAUAUCUUAAUGAAGCUUGGUCAGAAUGUUAAUCUUGAUGAUCUUUAGGUCAAUAGGUCAGGUGAGCGAUACAGGGCCUUCAUGGCCCUCUUGUUUUAAUCUUAGUUUUCUUGAUAUAGCUUUAGUACAGUAUAAGAUAAUGACUUGAAGCUUAAAAUGUACCUUUAUCAUCAUCAUCUACAUGUGCAGUAAUAAUCCCCAUAACUAGGAUUUGUAGUUUUGACCAAAUUAUGCCGCUUUCAUACUUAAAUUUUUUUGACAAAUAUCGAAGCUGUUUGGACAUAAAUUCAUUUAACUGUCAAAUCACCAAAUAGUGGAGCAAAUUGUCUUACGGACAGCACUUGCGUAGAGUGGAUGGUUCGGCAUCAGUCAUGCAUCGUGGGUCCUCUGUUGUCCACAUUUUUACUUAGACCUCUUCUUCUCUGAAACUUCUGGUCCUCUUUCAAGUUUGUUCAAAUGGGGGCACUUGGCCCUCUUUUAGGGACUGCUAGAGCUAAAAAUAGAAAAAAACCUUUAAAUAACUUCUCAUGAACCGCUUGAUAGAUCUUCAUCAAACUUGGUCUGUAGAUGGGGGUAUUUGGCCCCUAGAGGGCCACUAGGGCUAAAAAUAGAAAUACCUUAAAUCGACUUCUUCACAUGAAUGGUUUGAUGGAUUUUCAUCAAACUUGGUCUGUAGCAUCAUUAUAAGGUCCUUUCCCCAGUUUAUUCAAAUUGGGGCACUUGGCCCCUUCUAGGGGCUGUUAGGGCUGAAAAUAGAAAUACCUUGAAACAAGAUUUUUAUGACCUCUUGAUGGAUUUUCAUCAAACUUGGUCUGAAGCAUCAUUAUAUGGUCCUCUCCUAAAAUUGUUCAAAUGGGGGCACUUGGCCACUUUUAGUGGCCGCUAGAGCUAAAAAUAGAAAUACCUUUAAACAGCUUCUUACCAUGCAUCACUUGAUGGAUCUUCAUUAAACUUGGUAUAUGGCUCUCUCCCAAGUUUGUUCAAAUGGUGGCACUUUGCCCCUUUAAGGGGCCGCUGAGCUAAACAAUAGAAAUACCUAUUUAACAACUUCUUGUCAUGAACUGCUUGAUGGAUCUUCAUCAGACUUGGUAUGUAGCAUAAUUAUAUAGUCCUCUCCCAAGUUUAUUCAAAUCGGGGCAUUUGGCCCCUUUUAGGAGCAGCUAGAGCUAAAAAUAGAAAUACUUUUAAAAACAUAACACUUUUUUUUAUUUAAGAUUCUUUUUAAUAUAUUUAAUUUUUUUUUAACUUGAAUACUUUGUCACAAGCAAGAUCUAAUUAGAUCAAAGUCGAUCUAAGUUAAGCGACUUAGGCCCAUGUGUUUAAAUUCAGCUGGGUAAAGGUUAAGUGUUGUGUUUAUUAACCAUUAACUUCAUCACAUCAUUACUUAUAUAUUGUAGUAGUUAAGUUUAAAUACAUGUAUUGUAGUAGUUUACUUUAGUGUAAAUAUAUGUAUUCUAGUAGUUAAAUAAAACAACCCAAAAACUCAA